AAAUCGAAGCAAAGGUUCUCCUUUCCACCGCUGCUGCAACGUGGGGUUUCCCAGCGCCGACUGCAGGGUUACCGCGCCCAUCUCGUUGUUCGAUGGCCGCACGAGACUCAUCAAACUCCGGGCAGGGCAGCUGUUAGGCUCGGCAAAAAAAGGUSAAACCGCCGGCUUUCUUACUGACGAGGAAAAGCGGGGACAUUUUAAAUUAGCUGCUUCGACUGCCAGUGCAUUGUCAUCAACACAAGGCUAGUUAGUGGGUGUGAUUCCCCCCCCCACCUCCUCCUCCUCCUCCUCUUCUUCCCUGGUUGUCGAGCUCCCCCAGCCGUAGCCUGCCUGCUUUCGGGAAGGGCUGCUCCUCGGAAAACGACGCUAGCUGGCUUAGCUAGUUAGUGAGCUAGCGUUGUGGUGCUCGUUGAUGCGUGGAUCGGAGGAAGACGUCUCGUUUUCCAGUCAAUGCCAAAGCGUAAAAUCAGGCGAAGACUGAAUCGGAUCAAGUGCCCUGGUAGCUGGAGAAAGGUAAUUAAAAAGGAAGAAUAAAAUGAGUGAACUGGACCAGUUACGCCAAGAGGCAGAGCAGCUCAAAAAUCAGAUCAGAGAUGCUAGGAAAGCAUGCGCAGAUGCCACACUAUCACAGAUCACAGCUAACAUUGACCCCAUUGGGCGAAUCCAGAUGCGUACAAGACGAACGCUGCGAGGUCAUUUGGCUAAAAUCUAUGCCAUGCACUGGGGAACAGAUUCCAGGCUCCUGGUCAGCGCCUCUCAAGAUGGCAAACUCAUUAUUUGGGAUAGCUAUACCACAAACAAGGUUCAUGCCAUUCCACUUCGAUCUUCCUGGGUCAUGACUUGUGCAUAUGCACCUUCAGGAAACUAUGUGGCCUGUGGUGGCCUAGACAACAUCUGCUCUAUUUACAACCUGAAAACUCGCGAGGGGAAUGUACGUGUGAGCCGUGAGCUCGCAGGACAUACAGGUUACCUCUCCUGUUGUCGCUUUCUUGAUGACAACCAGAUUGUUACAAGCUCUGGAGAUACCACUUGUGCACUUUGGGACAUUGAGACAGGCCAGCAGACGACCACAUUUGCGGGCCACACAGGUGAUGUAAUGAGCCUGUCUCUGGCCCCCGACUCACGGUUAUUCGUCUCUGGUGCUUGUGAUGCCUCUGCUAAACUCUGGGAUAUUCGAGAGGGCAUGUGCAGACAGACUUUUACCGGUCACGAGUCUGACAUUAACGCCAUCUGUUUUUUCCCUAAUGGCAAUGCCUUUGCCACGGGUUCAGAUGAUGCCACCUGCAGGCUGUUUGAUCUGCGAGCUGAUCAGGAAUUAAUGAUCUACUCUCACGACAAUAUCAUAUGUGGCAUUACCUCUGUUGCAUUCUCAAAAAGUGGCCGCCUUCUUCUGGCAGGCUAUGAUGAUUUCAACUGUAAUGUGUGGGACACACUAAAAGCUGACCGUGCUGGUGUGUUGGCUGGGCAUGACAACCGUGUUAGCUGCCUGGGGGUUACUGAAGAUGGCAUGGCGGUUGCAACAGGCUCCUGGGACAGUUUUCUGAAGAUCUGGAAUUGAAGCCUAUGUUCUUUUAACUCCAAAGUUGACUGGAAUACCAUUACAACUUGAGAAUGUUCACAGCAUCUUCUUCAACACUGUUUAAACUGACUUGGACACCACAAAAAAAAAAUAUAUAUAUAUAUAUAAAUAUAUAUAAAAAUACGAAAGGAAACCAAUGCCUUUCCUACACAAAGAAGAGCACAAUUGUUUAUCACCUAGUUAAGAAAGGAUCUCCUGUGGUCUCAAAUCAGAAACUUGUGCAUUCCUUCUUGGACCAUUUUAUGUUACCUUGAAAGAGAAAAACAACACUAUCAUCCCAUGCAAAUGUGUGCGUCUUGAAAGCAAAUGUUGGAGUGUAAUUGUACAAAUUAUUUAACUUUUUUUUUAAGAUUUCUAUUCUGAUGGUUUGUUAUUCUUGAUGGCUCUCUCUUUGUCAUAUUACUUUAGUGGUUUUUAGUAUGUCUGAAUUACAGCUUGUCCUUGUAAUUCAGGUAAAUCAUAGAAGAUGAGAAAAACAUGCAGAAGUAAAAGCUUGGAUCAUAUUACACGAGCAGCUUUUGAAAUGUCCAUUAUGUAUUUAUAUUCUAGCUGUUUUUGUUCCAUCACAGCUUUUUGCACAUGAAGCUUUGCCUCUCAAUUAAUACUAUGUUAACUAACCAAGCACAUGCUAUAAGUUAUGAAUGCUCAUUCCAGUAAAAAAAAAAGGAAAAAGAAAAAAAAAAGGAGUUAUGAGGAAAAUUAUCCUGUUAAACCCCGUAAUUCUUGUAUAUGCCUUCUGGCAGGAUAGAGUGGAAUAGUGAGGUAGUUGCCAAGAUUAAAAAAAGGCAUGGCUUGAAUUUACUAUACAGAAGGGGGUUGUGUUCUGUAUCCACUUAAAAACACCUCAUUUAACUAAAUACACACUUCCUUUGCUUGGGACUGCAGUUACAACUCUGUGAAUGAAAUGUACAAAUCAAUGUCUGAAAAUAAUGAGCUGACGUUUUAAGUUAAAACAUUUAAUUUUGUCUGCCAUGAGUUAAUUUAGAUGUGCAUGCUGUAGACUUGCUUUCAAUGGUGCAAAAAAUUUCUAGAUUUUUUUUUUCUUUUUGUUACCAAAAAAAAGGAGAGUAACCUAUUGAUUGAAUGUAAUAGAAGCCAUUUUUUGGCUCAAACUCUGCAUACAUCUUGUACUGGUAAUGCCAUGCACCAGAAUGAUGAAAGACUUAAUAUUAUCUUCAUACUUAGUGUAAAUUAUGCUUACCAGUUCUAUUGAUGCCAAUUUUUGUAAUAAUUAUAACAAUCAUUGUAUGAAUUCUGUCCUUGACAAAUCCUUCUCUCUCUCCUUCCAAUCUUCGCUCUCAAAGGAACAAAAAAAAGUCCUCACAUUCUGUCCAUACUAAAACUUUUGUAUAUUUUUUUAUUUUUAUUUUUUUUGGUCUUAAAUUGAAAAUCGGAGCAUCUGAAUGACAGCAUUUCACUGUAUACAGAAGCACUUUUGUUAAGGUUGUGAGAUAUUUUCACUUUUUUUUUCUGCAAUGAUGUACAAUAAAUGUGAUGUAAUCGUGUGUGGCCACAAGUGAAAAUGCAAUUCAACUGAGAUGGACUCCCUUUUCUCUUUCCAUUAAUAUUAUAGAGCUCUGCACCCUUAUGUACCUUUCCACUUUUUGUAUUUCAUUUCAGUCUGUUGGUGUUCCACGGUGAGCUGGAUGCAAGAUAGAUACUGUACUAAAUUGUACUGUUAUUGAUUGAAAAAUGUAAUAAAAAGCUGUUUGAGAUCC